AUGGCUCGGGCAUGUGGGCUGGGCCUGCUGCUGGCACUGUUGCUGCCCAUGGUUGGCACCUCUGUGCCGGGCACCGUGGUCAGACUAAACAAAGCCAUGCUGAACUACGUGUCUGAAACCGGGAAAGCCCCUCUCCAGCGGGCCCUGCAGGUCACUGUCCCACAUUUCCUGGACUGGAGUGGAGAGGUGCUUCAGCCCUCCAGGGUCCAGAUUCUGAAUGUGCAGGUGUCCCGCCUGGACCUGAACUUCAUUGCCGGCUUUGGGAUACGCAUGUUGGUGGCAGCCAAUUUUACUUUCAAGGUCUUUCGAGUCCCAGAGCCCCUGGAGCUGGUUCUACCUGUGGUACUGGUGGCUGAUGCUCGUGUGGCCCCCGACUCCAUCAGGACUCCCGUUGUCAGCAUCUCCACCUGCUCCUCAUUCUUCAAUAAUGCCAUUGUGCUUGAUGGCAAUCACAGCACGGCCUUGCUGGUCCGGGUGCAGCGUCACAUCAAAGCUGUCCUGCGUAACAAGCUGUGCCUGAGCAUCUCUAACCUGGUGCAGAACCUCAACGUCCACCUGGGCACUUUAAUUGGCCUCAACCCUGUGGGUCCUGAGUCCCAGAUUCGCUACUUCAUGAUCAGUGCACCCAAUAUCACUAAUGACUACAUUUCUUUGGAUAUCAGCGCUGUUCUCUUCCUGCUGGGCAAGCCCAUCGUCCUGCCUGUGAAUGCCACGCGUUUCAUGCUGCCAGAGCAUGUAGGCACUGACAGUGCCAUGGCAACUGUGGGCCUCUCCCAGGACAUGUUUGACUCUGUCCUCCUGCUGCUGCAGAAGGCUGGUACCCUAAACAUGGACAUCACAGGGCAGCUGAAGUCAGAUAACAAUCCGCUGAACACCUCGGUGCUGGGCCUGCUCAUCCCCGAGAUAACACACCAGUUCCCCCAGCCCAUGUCCGUGGUGCUCAAGGUGCGGCUGGGUGCCACGCCCAUGGUCAUUCUCCAUACCAACAAUGCCACGCUGCAGCUGCAGCCCUUUGUGGAGGUCCUGGCUGUGACAUCUAACUCAGCUUUCCAGUCCCUUUUCUCCCUCAAUGUGGUGAUGAACCUCAGCCUCCAGCUCUCCGUGUCCAAGGUGAAGCUUCAGGGGAUCACAUCUGUGCUGGGGGAUGUCAAGCUCACUGUGGCCUCUUCCAAUGUGGGCUUCAUUGAUACAGAUCAAGUGCACGCACAAAUAGGCACCGUGUUUGAGAAGCCUCUGCUGGACCAUCUCAAUGCUCUCUUGGGCAUGGGGAUUGCCCUCCCCAACGUGGUCAGCCUCUACUAUCUCAACGCUGAGAUCUUUGUCCAUGAGGGCUACGUGGUGGUAUCCAGCAAACUUCUGUAUGAGCACUGA